GAGAGAGAGAUACAGAGUGUGUGUGUCGGGCGGAGGGGUGGAGACGCAGGGUGGGGUCACACAGAGGCGGAGGAGAGAAGCAGAGAGAGAGACUCUGAGCCCAACCCCGAACACGGCAACAAACCCAGCUGCUGAAACGACGCCGCGCACAAAAGCAAAGCGGAUUUUUUUUUUAUUUUUCCCUCCCUCUCUCUUUCUCUCUCUAUCUCUCACAUACACAAACUAGGGCCGACAUGAUCGAGGAGACUCUCUGAGACCAAACCCGACUGUCGUUUCUUCUUUUUUUUAUUUUUUAAAAAUUUACCCCCUUUUCUUUUCCUCCUCCGAAAGCUGGAGCUUAAAAAAACAACUUGUUAUUCAAAUCCACCACCACCACCACCACCACCUCCCCGCCCGCUGCACUCCACCCCUCCGUACCGCUGCACCCCAUCUUAGCUACCGAGAUGCACACGGAGGCUCGCAAUAAGAAAUGCCAGACGAAUCCUGAGAAAUCCAACGUUGCUACCUCAGAGCCUUCCAAGGAGAUGCCAUCCAUACAGAUCAAGCCUGAGCCAGAGGAGGUGGAGUGCACGGUGAAGCAAGAGCCUGAGGACGAUUGCCCAGAGCCGACAGACCUGAAGCUGAAGUCCUCUCCUCCUCCUCUCUGCAUCAUCAGCACGCACUCUGUCGAUGCUGACCAGACUGAGCCUGUGGAUCUGUCGCUUAAUAAGCCCCGCCCCUCACUACCCAUCACCGCCACACCCAUGGUCAUGCCAGUCAAACCUGCGGCGGUGACGGGCACGAUCACCACCAGCACCACGCUCCCGGCCGUCCUGGCGUCCUCGGGCUCCAUCCUGGCUCAGGGUGUUGGAGGACAGCAGAUCCUACACGUCAUCCACACCAUCCCCUCACACGUCGCGGGCAAAAUGGGCCAGCUUCAGACCAUCCCUCUGGUGGUACAGUCACUGCCUGUCGUCUACACGGCCGUGCCUGCUGAUGGAGUGCCCACCGCCGCCACCGCCAUCACCGUGCCUCUCAUCGGCACAGAUGGCCGCUCCGAAGGGUCAGUGCGGAUUAAGCCUGGCUCGACGUCCCCGGUGGAGUACCAGAGUGACAGCGAUGCAGAGAGUGGUACAGAGUCCGGAUCAGCUUCCUUCAGAACACAGAGCAUGGACAACAGCUUAAGCACAGACGUGGACAUCCAAGCAGAUCCCGACUCACCUGACAUGAAAAGACGACGAGUGCACAUGUGCGACUACGACGGCUGCAACAAAGUGUACACCAAAAGCUCUCAUCUGAAAGCUCACCGCAGGAUACACACAGGAGAGAAACCGUAUCAGUGUACGUGGGAAGGCUGCACAUGGCGUUUCGCCCGCUCCGACGAGCUGACGCGUCACUUCCGCAAGCACACGGGCAUCAAGCCGUUCCGUUGCACUGACUGCGACCGAAGCUUCUCCCGCUCCGACCAUCUAGCCCUUCAUCGGCGCCGCCAUGUCAUGAUGUGAGCCUGGGUCGGUUUUAGCCCCGUUUCCUCUCCUUUCCUCAGAAGACUCUGCCCCCCCUCUCCCCUCUCCCUCUCCUUCUCCCCCCCAGCAGAAAGGGCUGAGAGAACUGUGAACUGUCCCUUACCUUCCUCAGAGCCGCAUACGAUGAAGAUAACGCCGCAUGUCUUUGGGGUUCUUGUACCUACAAAGUCACCUAACACGCUUCAAAUCAGACAAACAAAAACAAACAAAAGCCGCUCAUCCGUCCAGUCCUCAUUUAUACCGGGCUACGCCAUUUAUCCCAACGCUCGCUUCAGCAGGGAAGCUGCAGAACCCGUGAGAUGCAGCGAUUAAAACAGACUGAAGGGCUGAGAGUUUGUCUGAAACCGUCCGAGAGAAGAGAAGAGAAGGACCAGAUGACGGAGGGCGCGAAAAGAGAAGCGAUAGGUUUUUAACCACAGGUUUACAAAAUCUCUUCUCAUCAUUUGAGUUGUAUGUUUUACCGAAACAUUUUAGUCUUUUUAGACACUUUUUUUGUUUUGUUUGCAUGUACUAACUUUUUUUGUGUUGAGAUGGUUGUGUAGCUGAACGUCAACAUGUGUUUUUUUUUUUGUUUCCUUUUUAAAAUGAAUUUCUACUCGCUAUUUUAUGAACAAACGUUUCGCCGUUCUGACUUUUUAUCAGCUUUCCAUCCUACACCACCACCUGAGAGGGAGAGAGCAAAGACUGUGAAGUUUCUAGAAUUCCAUUUU